ACGUCAAAAGUCAAAACGAAUAUUUGUCAAAAUUAUUCUAAAAAUAUAACUUAAUAUGGUAAAUUUUUCAGUAAUUUCCUUCAAUGACACAUUAUAAUGAAGGUUCUAAAGCGCAGUUGUAAUUAAAAUCUUUAAAGCAAAAUCUCACUUAUAGUGAUGACGUCUAAGAUGAACAAUGUAACCUUAAAAGUGCGAAAAGUCGACAAAUAUUGUGAUUUCGUGUCAAUCUCCUUAAUAACUUUUCUUUGAUAUGUCUCAUUUCGGUGACUUUAUGGACGGUGUACCCGUAAAGAUAUCUGAAAAGUAUAAACGGCCACCACGAUUCGAGUUGCCUUAUAGUGUUCUCGAGUGUCCACUGCGAGCCCAGAGUGUUGUAGACAGCGUCCAGUAUUGCUCCACGUUCGAACGUAAUGUACUUUCUAAACUUAAAGAGCUUAAAAGUGCGAAAGAGACAAAGAAAAAUGAAAGGAAACACCGACUUCAGUUAUUGGAAGAAGCGAAACAGAAAAAAUUGGAUGCAAUUGCUGCUGCUGAGGCAGAAGAGAAACUGAAACAACUGAGUGUCUCAGAGGUGUCAUACCCUAGUACUGAAGAGAUCAGUGCUCUGUCUCCUGAUGAUAAAACUGAAAAAAACUGUGAUACUUUCUCUACCCAAGACAAUAGCCCUGAAACUGAUGUUGCUAUUAAUACAGAUAUAGAAUAUCCUGCCCCAUCUAUACAAGACUCUCAGCACAUACUUCAGCCCAUACAAGUGCAAUCAAAUUAUCCUAAUAAUAGUUUGUUAGAUGACCCUGACCCUUUGCAAGAAUUUAAAAUACAGACAAAAAUGUCCACAAUACCAUACAAUUACAAUCAUAACAUAAACACAUUAACAUACAAAGAUUUUGAGAAUGACACAUCCAGUCCAUUUGAUAAUGUUGAGUUGAAGACUAUAAAUGAUAUGGAGCUGUUAGCCCAGGUGUUACAGAGUCAGAGGGAGUCAACAACAAGCUGCGCAGCCCAGACAUACCCUGGACAAGCAUAUGGCUACACCAACUGUGCCACGCAAGCCCAAAUGGGUGUAGAUGGCCUACAGAAAUCUUAUAUUGAACAACAAAUAGUAGGACCCAAUGUUAUUUACCCCUCACAACACUAUGCAGUAUCAAAUGGAUACUAUGUGCAUCCGAAUCAUAUCUGUGAUAAUAUCCCCGUAGAUAACACAUAUAUGCCAAAUUACCAAUAUUAUAACCCAACACAGACAUAUGCUGGCCCCUAUUAUAGUCAAUUGCCAUCAGGUUCUGGUGAGAUUCAAGUCCCAACUGAUCCUCAAUAUAGUGCUCAACCAUACUAUUUGCCCUAUAGCCAGGUUCAACAACCUUAUGCCAAUACAGUAAAUACACCGGAAAUGACGGACACUAAAGAAACUGUCUUAGUAAGUUCCCAGAAUACAGUAAAAUCUAGAUCAAGGAGUGUGCCUGAUAUUGUUAAAGAAUUGAAUGAAGAAUUAGCUUCAGAAAGACAAAGGGUCACUGACCGGUCAUACAAUGCGAGCCCAGCACCCGUCAUUGUUCCAAGAUCUUUAUCUGGUAGUGAUAAGAAGGAGGAGAAACGGAAACGAAAAAUAGAAAAGUUGCCAAAUCCAUAUGAAAAACUUCCACUGCAAAUGCAAACCAUGUGCAAGAAGAUACAGGGCAUGGGGUUUCCAUUGGACAGGGUGGCCAGGGUGUGUAGUCUUGUAGGUGAAAAUGAUAAAAAGGUUAUAGAAUGUCUCCUUAUUCUCGGGGAGCUUAUGGACCUUGGUUUUUCUGAAGCUCGUGUGUUGGCUGCCCUCUCCAAACAUGAGUUCAACAGGGACAAGGCGCUCGAUGAACUAGUUUCUUAAUAUUUAAUGAUUCCAUUGUAAAGAUAUUUAUGUAUAAAAUGAAAUAUAAAUAUAUUUUAAACUAUUGGAUAUAACUCAGCUUAAUGAACUUAAAUUUAUGAUCCCCUAAACUGUAUGUAGUGUGAAAAUGUAUUUGAAAUGGGAUUGUGCAUUUAUGAAUAUAGUAUGAUAAAUUAUAAAUAAUGAACGUAUUUAUCAAACUACUCUAAAUAUUUUAAAGUGAAAAUUGUCGAAUAAGUCGCCGUUGAAGUGUUCUCAAUUUUUCUAAUUCUAAAGGUGCAGUAAAAAAGUCUUAAAAAAGACAUUUUGGUAAUUACUUCGAUAUGUUAUAAACCUAAAUAAUGUCGGGGAGCCUAAUAUUAAAAACACUGCCAUGGUCAGAUGUUUUAAUUUAGAACAAUUACGCUUACAUAGAGUCGAUAUGUGACGUCUCAGCGUUCCCGAGAACUUAUUUAUUAUUUAUACUCUAUGCAAUUCCAUUUUUAUUUUAUCACGACUUUGCCUUAGCACUUUAGUUUAAUGAUUUGUGAUGCUUAGUUGAUAUUGUUUUGAAAAGAUUUUUUGUGAAAAUAAACAACUAGAUAUAUAUUGUAAAUAAAAUAAGAUAUAUCUUAAGAUAUAAUUUUAAUCGUCCAUUAAAUUUAUUCAAUACGUUUGUCUGAAUAUUUACCGUAUAAGUUUAUGAAGAACUUAUUAGAUUUGGUUUAUCCAAAUGCUGUAGUGAUUGUGAAUGUGAUAGAAGUUUUCUUGACAUAGUCUGUGACUAAUUGCAAAGUUGUAAAAAAAAUUUUUAAAUCACAACAAACGAUUUGAAGACUUACAAUUUUAAGUCAAUUCAGAAAUAAAAUCUUUGAAGAAGUCACAAGAUAAAUGCGAAUAUUACGCGUCAUAAAUAUUGUUACUAUUUAGCUAUUUAUGUACUUAUAAAUGUAUCUGGCUGAAUGGCCGUGUACUACAUUUAGUAAUGGAAUUAAAAAAUUUACUUAUAAUAGACGGCGCUAUUUAAAUCUUGAAUGAAAGUUAAUUUUCUAUUAAGUGCUGACGACAACUUCAAACUUCAAGUCAUGUUUUUAAUAUAUAAAUGUAUGUAUUGUACAUAUGAGAACGAAACAGUGUUUGGAAUGUUACUAUUGGAUUCUCAUUUAUCGAAUGCAUCGAUUUAACAUUGAAUGAAAAAGAUAUUGUUAUUAAAAACGAAUGUUCAUUUGAAAGUUUAUUUGUCUGUGGUAGUUUUGCCGCGCUAGCUCGUAGUCUGUAACAUUUAGUUAAAUAAAAAGAAUAUUUUUCUAUAGAUUAUGUAAUAUACACAAAUGUUGUAUCUUAAUUUAUUUUAAAUCUGUUAGUGAUGCUUGGGCGUAGGGCGUGGUUUUAUAUUGUACGGCUUCACAGAAAUGAAACUAUAAUAAAAGUUAUUUUCA